UCUACCAGUAUCGAUGACGCAAACUCCCAGUAUGCGUCUGCUGGAAAAUAACAACUUGGUCGAAGUUGCCAUGGCCCAGCAGCAACAACAACAAUCCCAGCAGGCGACACAGAAGCAGAAACAGACAAGUCCCACAAAUAAUAACACCAUAGAAGCUUGGAGAUCGAUUCAAGGCGGGCAUCAGUGGUGGAGUCCGCCUAGUAGUAUUCAACAGGAACAGCAGCAGCAACAGCAAGUACCGUCGAUCGCACAAGUUUCUCAACCGCAAAGUCUGGUGGCCGGAUCGGUAUGUGGUCAGGUGCAGAAGAAUCAGCCGCAAGUGCAAUCGGAAAUCGAUCAGCCGCUCGAUUUCUCUGUUGGCUCUUUGCAGCAGCAGAGGCUGCAUUCGCGCGUGAGGACUAUGCACGAGAGACUUCAGGGUAGGAUGCAUGACAACAACAACGGAACAAGCGGCCAGAAAAUCACCAGGGGAGACGUUAGCAGGCGAAGCUAUAGCCCCAGUGAAGCUAGUACUAGCAGCAGCGAAGACGAGGGUGUCUCUACCGGCGGUAGUCCUACGGGACCUCUUCGAGGUGCUUCGGAUUCGUGCGAACCCGUUGCGGAGCGACCUUACGGUAAAGUCUGGAUAGGCGACAAUGAUGUCUCGUGGCGAACAGACCAGUCUUUCAAGAGGACAUCACCCUUAAAUCCCUGUGCCACAACGACUACCACGACAACGACAAGCGGUGGGCCACUGACACAUCCCCACCUGUCGCCACCCGUAGCUGCCCCUGUUACCACCCCCGAUCACAGAAGCCCCAGUAGCAUGCAUGCGAAGCUUGGCAUCUCACCCAGUAGCGACGCGCUCGGCCGAAUCGAUAAGGAGCCAACCUCGCCGGAAUCCAUACAAGAUGCAGACUUGCAUGGGGAUGUCGAUGGUCCUGAACUUAGCGGAGAUGACAGGAGUAUCGCAAGUGACAUUCAAGAUGCUACCGAGGCGCAUCUUGAUAAUGACUCCAUGGACUCGGACAGGGAAGCUCUCAAUCUGGUCACGGAUGUCUCGCAACGCAACAGUAGCAGCGGUACUAGUGGCAGCGCGUCCUCACCGAGUUCCGGAAUCAGCAGCCAGCUCACCGGCAGUCACCAGCAGCAGCACACGUCCGGCCAACAAAACAAUAGCAAUUCUGCGCUAGCGACUGCUCAAUUGCUCAGCCAGCAAUUGCUGAUGCAUGGUGCAUUAGGGACUCAGGAUCUCCAAGCGCUCGCUUCGACGUUGCAACAUCAUCAACUACAGUCGCUACAACAACAACUACAACAAUUCGCCAUGUUUCAGGCCAAUCCUGCCGCGGGACAGCUUCCGCCAUUCUUCUUGCAAAAUCAGGUGCAAGCGGCAGCGCAGUUGCUACAGAAGCAGCAAGUGCUUCAAAAUAGCGGCAAUUUGGUCGGGCGAAGUUUGGCGCAAAGAUCAUCGCCACCACCGAGCACACCGCCAGCAAUAAAACCGACGAGAUUAGAACCUUCGCCGGAGGAAACAACGGACCUCGAAGAGUUAGAACAAUUCGCCAAAACCUUCAAACAAAGACGGAUCAAGCUUGGUUUUACUCAAGGAGACGUCGGACUCGCCAUGGGCAAACUUUACGGCAAUGAUUUUUCCCAAACUACUAUCUCCAGGUUUGAAGCACUGAAUCUUUCCUUUAAAAAUAUGUGCAAGCUGAAACCACUGUUACAAAAGUGGUUAGAGGAUGCCGAUAAUUCAUUGAACAAUCCUAACUCUCUGUCGAAUCCACUUACGACACCGGAAGCAAUUGGCAGACGGCGGAAGAAGAGAACGUCGAUAGAGACCAGCGUAAGAGUGGCUCUCGAAAAGUCUUUUAUCCAAAACCCAAAGCCCACGUCCGAAGAGAUAACCAUACUGGCGGAUAGUCUUGCGAUGGAGAAAGAAGUAGUUCGUGUGUGGUUUUGUAACAGGAGGCAGAAGGAAAAGAGAAUUAAUCCGCCAACAGCUGCAAUGGGCAGUCCAACAAUGACGUCGCCUGCACCUUCGGUAUUUGCUUCUCUCGCCAAUUCUAUCUCUGGCAGUCCUUUAGCGCUUACAACGCAUUCCUCCAGCUCUGGCCACUCGCAUCCUCAUCCAACACCCAUACCUCUUGCUUUAGUAACUUCGUCAGGUGGCAAUUAUCAUCCGUUGAACAACAAGUCCCACGAGUGACACCAGCAAGUGACCCAUCAAGGGGACACUCUCUACCAUCAGCAUCAUCAGCAAUCACAUCAACAGCAACAGCAUCAUCAUCAGCAACAAGCACGACGCUUAUGCAAUCUACCAGAAUUCUA